AAUUUCAUAAAUAGGCGUCUCGGUUGAUCAUAGAAGCGUAUUGACAGUGUUCAGGGUGAUGAAGUUACACUGGUAUUUACGUCCUACUCAAUUUCCUCCUUCCUCGUCUAAUUGGCGCAGACCUAUAUUCCUAACAAUUCUUUAUGGUCGCAUCUUUGUACUGCGAUUCACAUACUACUCCAUUAGGUUCGCAAUAGUUCACGUACUUUGUCAGUCUAAUGGCAACUCCACUCUGUGUGAUUCGGCGAUCAACCGCGGAUCCUCGAAAUUAAACACUUGAAAGAGGUGUGGGUGCGCAAUCGCAGAGAUUUUAACGUCGUAAUUGUGUCGUUGUCCGAAGUAGUAUAUGAUACUAUCCAGUGUUUAUCAGACGGAGCAUCUAAUGUUCGAGGAUACGACGGCGUCUCGCGUAGUAGGAUUCAUAGAAAAGAGUUUGUAAUUACACCUGCGUAGAUAAUACUAUGAAGUACAAUGAACAGUGAAAGUGUUAGGGGGCAAAGAAUGUUUUGCAUAUUAGAAAGAUGAGGCUCUUGGGAUUACAAGAAGGUGGCCAUGGGACAGAUUUGGGGCUGGACCGACUUUCUGAUGUCGUGGACAAACACAUGAUGGCUUCUACAGGCAAUAUGGAACUUAGUGAUGACAACUUGUCGGAGGAAGGGUCUAUGAUAUCCAAUCUUCCAUUGCUAUUUGCUGAUGGCUAUCCAACAUCUUUGGAAGAAAUUACAUUGCCACAAUUGGAACGAUUCAUAACAUUCAUGGUCCAAUGUUCAUUUGGUCAUGAUACUGCUAAGGUUGUGGGACAACCUCAGUGGUGGCCGAAGGAAGUUGCAUUCUCCAAUCCUUUCAUUCGGCCCAAAAAAAUCAAUGAAAACUGGAUUGGAAACCUGAAGAAAUUGGUAUUUCGAUGUUACACGUAUCACAGGAGUGAAUAUUUAUUACGCUUUUGCUCCUAUCUCGCUUUAUAUCCUCGCGACAAAUUGCAGUAUGUCAAUAAUUGGGACUCUACGACGAGCUUGUACCACAAAGGUACAGGAAAACUCUUGGUAACAUUCCGCAAUGAGAAUAUGAAUUAUGACAAAAAGGUCGAAAGUCCUCGAAGAUCAUUGUUACCGCGUAAUAUCGCCCCACCAGGUUCUACUUGUAAGACAAAACAACAGCAGCAGCAGCAACAGCAGCAAAAACAACAACAACAGCAACAACAAUGCCACCAAGUGAUGGUGCAUCCACCAUGCGACGAUAUUUACCUCUGCGACAAUUGCGAUGCCGAAUUUGUCGGCUUGCAAAAAAUGCAGGAACACGAAAAGACGUGUUGUGACCAAGAACGAACAGGCGCAAUUUCCCGACCAGAAACUCCAGACCCGGCGUUGCAGUUACCGCAAACAACACAGAAUCAAUUUCUCGAGUAUUUCCACUUAUGUUCACGCGACUCCUCGUGUAAACCAAAAGUGUCUUCGGAAAUAACAAUAGCUGGAAAUGCAACGACGACAAACGUCGAUGGCAUCACCUCCAGAACGUCGCGACGAAUUCGUGGGUCAGUGAAUCUCACUCGUUGUCCUACAAUUCCAUUCUCUUCACCUGCUGGAAUCUUUAUGGUGAAGAAAUCCAAGACGAUGACGGAAGUGACGCAACAGGAACGGCUGGAAAGGAUAGAAAGGCACCUAUGUGCGCCACCAUUAUGUGCUGGUUCGAGACCAAGAUGGCUGGACAAAACCAACGAGUAUAAUAGGUGGAUAGUUACGUACAAGUCUAAUCGAGACAAACCUAACAAGAACUAUGUGCACGAGUACAAGUUCAACAAUUUAAAGGAAAAGCCAGUGCUCAGCAUACGAUCCCAAUUGUUAUACAUGGCGUGUCGUUCUGUGUGCGUUCUAUUAACGCGACUGACAGACAAGGACAUUGUAGAGCUGAAACGUGACAUCUCUAAGUAUCAAUGUCCCAGUCGUAAAAGACCACCUCGUGCCAGGCCCAGAUCCGCGUCAAUGAACGACCAAGACGCUAACAAAAAUACCUUGAAGCGUAAACUCUCAGUGGAUCACAAUCCAGAGUGCAGUACGCCAGGUCCUAGUUCCUCGAAAUAUAGAAAAGCUUCAAGCACACCAACAGGAAGAUCUGCGGUUCGCCUAGAGGUCAAUGUUGGCACCUUGGGUCCAACCACCCUGGCAAUGACGAAAUCAGUAUCCACAACGAAGACGCCAGACUGUAUACCACUAAUCAAUCUGUGCUCAUCAGAUGAAGAGGACGACGGUCUCUGUCCCAGAGCGACGACGGAUGAGAACAGAGAACCUGAACGUCGUAGUCCUGAUACGGCAAUUAUCGCGUCUUCGAACUUUCUCGAUGAUCUCACGCAAAGUAGAUACUGUGCUUCACCGAAUACUUUAUGCGUGGACUGGCUAACGAAUAGAAAAAUGAUCGAUCAUCAUGAAGAUCAUCUUAAUAAUGUUAAUGAUAGUGAUGACAAUUGUGGCAAGAAAUGUAUCAGUGAAACAGUACUAAACACGUGUUCGCUCUACCCUCCCAUGUUAAAGCAAACGCCAUAAGCAAAGUAUCCUGGGCAUAUAACACACUGUACGCGCUCUUAAAAAAAACGAAAUAAAGACUCGGUGAAAUAAUCGUCACUUCAAAUCGGCACGUGUGUACGUUUUACAUAUGGUCGCAUUUUAUUCAAUGAAACCUCUUUGUUGAAAAUACGGUUAGUAACGGCUUGGGACUGUAUAGCUUAAGCAAAGACACGAAAAUUGUUCUCCUUGAUACUAUUGUUUUUAAAUGGUGACAAUCGUAUCAGGGUAAAUCUUAUAAAAUCGUGAUAUCGCUUAAUUUCGAAUUCGUUAUAGUUUUUAUCGCAUCGUUAAAUUUUAUAUGAAUGAAACAUUAUAAAGUGUAUUAAUCUGAUACUUUGGAUUAUCAACAUCGUUUUAUGAUAGAAAUAGUAGAUAUAGUGCUUAGUAUCAUGUAUUUAUAACAUUGAACGAGAUUUUGUUUCAUUGCGAUUACUUUUUGUAAACAGAUACAGAGAGAAGUGUAGAGAGAAAACAAAAAUGAGCGAAUCACGAUUCUUUGUAUUUUUUUCAUUAUAAUACGUAUUCCUGCUGAAUUUACCCAUUUAACGUUUUAUUCAGACCUGAUUUGCAUUUGCUUAUUGUAUUAUACUGCAUUCAAAGAAAUUAUAAUUAGGUAUUGGUUGUCUA